CAUCCUUACUGUCGCAGGCUGCAGCUCAAAGACAUGUUGCCUGCUGGCUUCCAAAGACUAUCAAAGUACCCGCUGCUGCUGGAGUCGCUGCUGGGGUACACGGACCUCGACAAGUACCCCGAGGAGUACGAGCAGAUCAGCAGGUCCUUGGACCGAGCCAAGGAGAUCCUGGCGUCCGUGAACGCCGCCGUGCGAGAAGAGGAGAACCAUCAACGCCUCGUCGAGAUACAGAAGAGACUAGACCAGAGCAGCAUGACCAAGAACAAGCACUUACACGUGCCUUGGGCUAAAGGGAACUUGGACCUGACGAAGCAUCGGUUGAUAUACGAAGGCCCCCUCACAUGGCGGUUAUCUAAAGGCCAGAAGAACCUAGAACUGCUGGUGCUGGUGCUCGAGCAGUUUAUUGUCCUCCUUCAGAAGGACUCUGACAAAUACAUCCUUAAGAACUAUUCCAGCAAUAAGAACUGUCCUAAGGAGGAAGCGUCACAUUCUCCAAUCAUCGCAUUUGGCCAACAGUUUCUGUACAGAGCGGUUGCAACAGACAACUGCGCCUUCUUCAUCGUCACAACGCAGUGCGGCCCUGCGCAGAUAUACGAGCUCGUCACCUCCUCGCCCAACGACCGCAAAACAUGGUUCCGUCACUUCCAAGAGACACAGGCCAGUAUCAUCGACAACAGAGACGGUGGCCGCAGCAACAGACGCUCGCAGCCUCCCUCCUCCUCACAACAACAGGAACAGGAGCUCGACUCACAACCUCUUCACGACAGAGAUGGCGUCGAGGACAGCCUGGACGACUCGGAGGCGCCAGACUCUGGCGAGUGCCCCGCCACCCCCGGCACCUCAGCCAACAACAACAACAAUAAUAACAACAAUAACAACUCCAACGACUCACCUAAUGACUCCUUUGCUAAGAAGACCGCAGACGGCAAUGACGUGAGUGGGAGCAAUAGCUCUGCUGGUGCAGAGUGUGCAGCAGGUCGUGGCUCUACACGCAGACUGCAGGAGGUUCAGAUCAUCCAGAUAGUAGAGGACACUCCCCUCAUCUCCCCUUCAGAAGUGACUGUGUCUCAGGGCGUCGUGCUGUCCGCACAACCUGUGCUUACGCCAAUAGAGCAUCUGCGGCGUAAAGACCUUAAAAUCAAGCAAGCACUCAAGGAGAAACAACACAUCAUUGCUGACAUCCUCGGUAUCCCAAGAGAGCACUUCGAGACCCUGGGUGACAUGGCCAGCGAGCCCGGCAGCGGACCUAAGGAGCCCCGUGAGCUGGUGCUCGCUGCGAUCUACCAAGCAAACUGCCUGCAGGAGGCGCUCAAUGAGGCGCUCACUAUCAGAGAGAGCGACAUUGUGGCAGCUAAAGCUGGUGGUGCUGAGUCAGCCAAUAAGCUCAGCUCGAGCCUCUUGCCGCUAUAUCCUGCACCCAUGAGCAAGCUCAUGAGCAUCACUGGCUCCUUGUCGCUUCAGCUCAACGCCUUGCUGAACCUGGUGACGGAGCGAGACGACGAGCGGGAUCGCAUGCGUAAGGAGUUGGUAGCGUCAAAAGAACGCAUCCACCAACUCCACCACAACCAGAGCAUAACCCCCACCAAUUCCCGCCCCAACUCCAUGGUGUCACAAUCCUCAUCCACGCCAGCCCCAGACGUCAGGGAUGACAGUGAGAUCGUAUCUCUUGAGGAGAGAGCGAGGACAGGCAGCGCUCAGGACGACCUCGCGCAGCUCGUAUCCAGAGACCUCCAUGAGGAGAGCGACGUGCCUGAUGACGAUGACAGAAGCGGUGUGGCCGCUGCCGCGGCUGCUAUAACUACUGCAGAAGAUGACGAUGCGUUCCAUGAUAUUGUACGGAAUGUUAUUACCUCGGAUCAAGAAGAGCAGCAAGAGCUGCAGCACCCACCAACAACUUGAAACUUUCCCCUCCCCUUCCCCCUACACACAUAAAACUUUUUGGCCAUCUUGAGGCUAGCAUCUUCCCUUUAUUUUGUGUGGUGAUCUUCAACGGACUUUGCGUGUCAAGGUUCUGACACAUUUUCCCGGCAUUGCGAUCGGUCUCACAACAUCUCGUUAGCGACGCACCUGAAAACUUGAAGCGAAAUCCUUUGUGAUUUUGAUUUUUCUGAGAUUUCCUUGGACCCUUCAUGAGACAUGCUUGUCUCGUGCAGUGAGCCUGAUCUUGAUGUUUUGAUCUUACUGGAAUCUUAAAGUUGUUGGGUACUGGAAACUCAGCAUUUUGGAUGAGCAAACUCUCAGAGGAAUGAAGGAGAUCAUGUCCAAAUUACGAUGCACUUCUUGCUCUUGCGUGGGUAAAGCUGAUCCAGUUUGGCCCGGCAAAAGGUCGUAUUAGUGUUACGUCUGCUCUAUGCUCGUGCUAAGGGUAAGAAAGUGUGUCAUUAUUUGAACAAUGUGUCCCAUCCAUUUCUCUGAGUGCAUGCUUCAUCACGUGGUGCGUGUCUAAAGAUGCUAUGUCGUUGCGAGGUCAUGUAGUCUACCUGUAGGAUCUACGAUGAGCGUAGUCGCUCUCUUUGUUAUGGGCAAUCUAUAUUUUUAUAAGGAACUUUCCAUAUCUUGCUGACUUGUAAGCUUUGGGUAAGAAGUAGAGCCAUUGUACCGCUUGCGAAUUGUGACUCCUUUUAGGACGUCGUGAUAAUUAUAUCGACUUUCAUCACUAUUUGAAGAUGAAGGAAAUAUUUCCCACGUGUAUUUUGGAAGAUAAUUGUAAAUGAAGGAGAUUGCUAUUAUUGCUUGUCAUUCCAUCACGAUGAAUACUUGACUGUUUUCACUUGUCAUUCUUAACUCUCUGUAGUGCAUAGCAUUUAUAAAUCAGGGCAUAUUUCUAUUGACCAUUAAAUUUUUUAAUAAUUCGGCAGAAUAUUUUGCGCCAAUAAAAUCAUUCUUCAAUACGUGGCGCUGAAGAGAAGUGUAAACAAGUAAAGUGUAAGCUGUUUCUAUUCAUUGUCUGUUACGCAUAGCAAUUUUGCAAGUUUAUUUCUUCUCGUUAAUGUGAGUAAAAUACACGCUUAUCUUUCACCAUAAAAUUUAGUUUUACUUUUUUUCAAUUCAUUGUUUACUUUUAUGACUGUGUUGCUUGAAAAUUUGGUGCAUGGAUUCUCACGUAAACUUUCUCCCUUGUGUAAAUUUAUUGAAAAGUCGAGGUUCGCCUAAAAUUUUCUUUCUUUCGUGUUGCUUAGCAUAACGAAAAUUUCAGUGAAGGAAACUUGUAUGUGAAUUGUUUGUCUUGGUUGUCCUGCUUGUAAGUUAGUGACGUGUUUGUCAGUGAAUGUGUAAUGGCAUUUACGAGGCCGCAGUCCAAAAAUGUGAGUUUUCUAACAUUGCUCAGUUUGUCCUAUUGAACAUGGGUCCGAUUCUAAAAAAAACAAUCACGAUGCCUUAAAAAAAUUAAAAUUUGCACUAUUGUGUAAAGAAGCAGAUACUGUAAGACAACGACGUGAAGUUAGAGAUUACGAUCGUUUGAUGUAUUAUUGAGUAUCAGGAUAUUGGUCUCUUAAAGCCUUUAUUCGCCAAGAUUUUACCGUGAAUCGGGCAAAUUUUUGCAGUGAAUCGACAAGUUGAUUUUUCUACUUUACUAAGAUUAUAACUGCGAAUAGACGUGAAGAAUUCGUGAUAAUCGUUAUUGGUUUCCAGGUGAAAACCUUGAAUUGCGGAUGCUUUACUUGUAAUUGUAAUUCGGGUUGUAAGCACAUUUACCUGCGAAUUUUCAAUCAGGUUUUUCAACUGUUCUUACUUAUUCGUUUCCUUUGAAUGUAACUUCGUGUGUCAUGUAUCGUCCAGAUCAACUUGUGUUUGUUGUUGUCGACUUAUUUAUUGUAUGUCCUGAUCCAACGAGAGCGCCGUUUAGAAAGCAUCGCAGUAUGAGGCGCUUUUUUGUGACUACUGAAGCCGAAUUAGAUCGGCUUUUCAAUGCCCUUCAUAAGGUUAGUCUGAAUUCUCUUGCUAUUUAAAAAUAUACUAGAUCGAGGGUUUUAUUUUUAGUUUUUCAAUUGAUGCUCAACAAUCGGCAUCAAAUUUUAAUCAUCAAUCAGCAGGAUUUAGUUACCCAUACGAGAUUAGUCUUGUAUAACUUCCCCCUGUAGAUCUCCCUCCUUAACUUUCCUCUACGCGGGCUCUUAAUAAUAGGACUUUUGUAAGUAAAUCUAAGGUCAUCUCUAUGCCUAUGACCGUUAGAAAUGAAGAUGUUUUAAUUGGCACCAUCUCGGCCACAGUUAAUUUGCUUACCUGGGAACACGCGCGGAUGAUAAAUAUAUUUCGGCGCAAGAUAUUUUCCACCUUGUAUUUUAACCCAUUUUGUGAUCUAAGCCUGCUUCACAGAGUUUUCAUUACCAAUAGUAAUCCUUUUUUCAAUUGACAACCCAGUUAUAUCGUUGCUUUCGUUGCUCAAUUGUUACUUCUGAGUCUAAAAAUUCUGGAGUGAAGCUAUAUUCCGACGGAUUAGAUAUUAGAGCAUUGGUGUACAAAAACCCUAUGAAUCCCAUGAAUUUAAGAAAAUAUUAACGGUCCUUUUUGAAACACGGUUGUUCAGUGCUCUUUCUUGCACACCGUAUUAUUCAUGUAUCAGACGGUCGUGACCUGUAGACUGUCACACUUAUUUUUCCAUUUAAAAUCUCUGGCCAAUCAAACCCUCAACUUCCCGUUCGUAACUUUUGACUCUGAAAUUUUAAUUGUUGUUUUAAUUUGUUUAUUUUCCAUAUCUGUUGUAUUUGUCUUGAAUUUUCAAGGUUAUUAAUUAAUUGUUGGUGCCCGCUACCUUGACUGUAUUCGUCUGACAGACGAUGCCUUGACUAUGCUCUCAAGUCUGCAAUCUUGUAAGUUAAGAACUUCAUAUCAGUAGAUAACAACAUCUGCUAGAUAACAACAUCUGUUCCCAUGAUCGCAAUGCCUCCCUUUUCACAGCGACAAGCGCGAGUUAGUUUUACGUUGACUAUCUUAAUCCUUGUAUUAGUCAUCCUUUAAUUACAAAAUCUCUUCAUGAUUCAUUUUGAAUCAUUAUAUGUCAACUUCUGAUAUAUUUAAUAAAAAUAUCAUGACUUAGAAUUAAAUCUUGUUUUGAUGAAGAAGAAAGUCGGCUAAAACUUGCUCUGUCUUGUCACUCUGUUAGGUGCCACUCGUUGUAUUACUUGCUGUAGUGCCCUGAUAAGCUAUUGUGCCACACCAUAAACCAUGUCUAUUUUUGUAUGUAAAGUUCAUCCUUAACUAGAAAUUGUGCUUAAAGUUACUCUCUGAGAUAUGCAGAGAUUAAGAUUGCUUUGAUCUCUUGAGAAUUUGUAGUAGACGAUCUAAGGCAGGUUUUAAACCCCAUGCCGGACUUGGGCAUCGUCUCUGUAUAGGAAAUUGUACGUUCUAAUUUUUGGUACCUACUCUUCAGGCAAAUGACGUUGAAAGUGCGUUGAUGACGAAUCGAUUUCAUUGAAACAACGUUUAAUCAUCAUAAUUUCAACUUCAGAUGUCUGGUAGAGUCGAGAAUAUGUCUUUCUCAAACAAUUUAGCUUUGUUGACUUUUUUCAUGUGAAUAACCUUUACUGAAAAUAACUUUUACAGAUCAUUGCGGUAGAUGAUAUAUAAAAUUUCUUUACCUUCUAACGCUCUGAUACAGUGAGCUUAUUUAGAGGACUGACAUACUUUAUUAACUAUUAUAGCUAGUCAAUUAUUUCAGAUCCUGCGUGUAGAGCUCGCCGAAUAUGCAGGAAUUAAAUAUUUGACUCUCGACAUCAUCUUAUUGAAAUUUUCUUAACGAUUAAUUGGUGAAUGAAUUUUGUCGGCGUGGGACGGGCUUUCCAUCAGAAUUAAAGCUAUCCUUAUACACUGAAAACAAAAAGAAUUUUCUUUCCUAAUAGUGACACUUUCUGCGUGCAUUUAGUCAGGAUUUUUGGUCAACUUGGUCAGGAUUUUUUUUCCGACAAGUCAAAUUCUUCUUAGUGUCUUGUUCGUAUCUUUCUUAUGGCAUAACGUUGUCUCUCCCAGCUGUUCUAGUUACCUCUUCAACGUUGUUUUUUUUUGUCUUAUUUCCCAUGAACCACAUUGAGUAGAACGCACUUCUUAUUUCCCAUGUAGACGCACUUCUCACAUUAGAGUGCGUCCAAAAAGAGCUACCAACUUCUCGUUCACUGCAGGGAAGAGAAUCUGAGUGCUUCAGGCGUCAGAAAUACACAAAGCGUUAACGUCGCUACUCUUCACGUCUAUCCUAAAUAUUCCAUGCAUCUUUAGCUAACAUACACGAAUAUUAAAUGUUACUUUACUAAUUAUUGGACGUGUUGAUCAGAUUUAUGUCUGUGUUAGAUCUAACUUUGUCCGCUUUGUCCCUAGCUACUUAAACAUUAAAUCAUUUCCAAUUUAUGAUUUUGUCUUGUACGUCAUUCGUUAUUGUACUUGGACUAUUGUCUUGAAUGGCUGUAUAUUCCUGUUAAUCAUUUCUCAUAUGCUAUGGAUUCCGAUGAAAGAUUUCCCUUUUUCAGAUUUUUAUAAACAUUUUCUACCAUUAGAACAAAAUAUACGACUCAUUCCUCCGUUUUAAUUAACCAAGUCUAUUUUAUCACAUGUUUUCAUUCAUUUUUUCAUUUUUAACAUUUCAACAAGUUAUGUAUAUCACUUCAUGUUUAUUUAUAGUACGCAUUGCUGCAAAUGAGUCAUGCCAAUCCCGUUUCUCUUUAAGUUUAUUAAAAGAAAAAUUUCCUUCGUCAGAAUCGUAUUCCUUCUCAAGCGACACCAAACUGCAGUCUCAAUGUCGGGCAGAAUAUAAUAUGAUUCCAAUGUUGGGAUGAAACAGCACAAAGAAAAUGUAUUUACUCUUAACAAUUUUUUUACUGGAAAUAUUCUUCUCUCUAACGUUUUGGAAAAUAUUCUUCAUGAUAGAUUCUAUUCUUUAUUCACUUUUGUUCGACACUGCAAAUUCCACUACGUGUAUUGGACUCAAUAUUCUUGGCUACCACUUCCCUCUUGUUUGUAAAUAGUUCUUCCUCGUUGUCCCGAUGUGGAUGAGAACACAUAACCGCCGAGGGAUAAUUUGUAAAGUGUAAUGUUGAUAAACUUCUAUAAUCAGUGAGCAUAAUGUAUAGAAAGGCGUAAGUGCAAACAGGUAAUAAAAAACUUGUAAGACUC